UUUAUAGUUUUUUUUGGAGUGCAGUUUUUUUCUGUGACGGGAAAAGAUAAAACUGGUCUAUUGAUGUUUACAUGGGAAACUAAUAGGACAGACAUGUACCACGUUAGAUGUGACUUUGAGUCUGGAGAGCAAGUUGCUUUUUUCUCUCUUUAUAGAUACAGAGAUCAAUACAACAGAAAUAAAUACAAAUUAAUAAAACGCAUGAGAACGAUAAGUUGGUUUCAGAUUUAUAUUUUUAACCCUAAACCUGAGGAUGAAGGUUUGUACUGUUGUGUAUGGUUAAAUGAAGAAUACAGUGAAUUGCAUACAGAAACGGCAGUUUUAAAUUUUACACAUGACCCAAUAGUACAAAUUCAUGGGGAUACAGCAAUCAUAGAAGGCGAUACUUUAAAUAUUACAUGUUUCUCUCAAUCCUUUGAACCUUCUACCUUUCUGUGGUAUAACUUAUCACAACAUGGAUACUGGUAUAGUUUAAACGAAACAGGAGAUUCUUUUAUCAUUGAGUCAGCUGACAGAAAGAACUCUGGGAAGUAUAAAUGUUUGGCAAAGAAUGAUUUAGUUUGUGGAUCUGCAGAAAUUUCUGUCACAAUUCAAUGUAAUUAACAAUUUCGUUGUAUAU